AUGGCUCCAAAAUAUUCAGUUAGGGAUGGCUUGAAAAUCAUCACUGGUUGUCGCUGCAUGACCCCGAGGAAACCUGGACGACCAGCUGGAAAGCACAACCAGCCAGCUGUCGUUUGCAGGUCCCAAGUGAAGAAGACAAUUACAAAGAAGAAGUUCCCGAAGACCAGCGUGCCUCGACCAGCUGAUGAUGCCAGUCCCCACUUCAGAAGCGUCUUAUCGUCUUAUUCCUGGGCCGAUGUUUGGCUGCAGAGAGCAAGUGAACACUUUGGGAGGGCCUGGCUUACUGGUCGACUCAAGAGAUGGAAGUGGCAAAUGUGCACGGCGUUUUCUGGAGUUGGAGCUGCUGAAAGUGCAGCCCUGAGUCUUGAGACCGCGGCCAAAAAGUUUCUGGCAAACCAAACGAAAUCUGGCUGCAAGAACCUGCGUCGGCAUUUGGUUUUACGGGCAAGCUGUGAGAUCUCUGCUGAUUGCCAGUUAGUGCUCAGAAACACGUAUGGGACAUGCAAUUUCGGUGACAUUUGUGACCUCGACUUCGAUUCCGACCGUGGCAGCUUUUGCACUACCCAUCAGAAAUACUGCACGUUCAAGCGCUGCUCACACCCCAAGCGCCUCAAUGUGGGUCAUGGAAGCCCUGUCUGCGUUAUGUACAGCCGCAUGGGGUUGGGCUUGAAGGAGAUGGAUGUUGGCUUCAAGACUCAUGAGGCCUUUUACAAACAGUAUGCAAAAGUCUGUGAUGUCCUGACCAUAGAAAAUGUGACGGAGUAUCCACGCGAUGUGGUCCAAAAGCAUUUGGGUCCCAACUGGAGCAUUCAGGAUGUGCAGGUUGAUCCCAGGAAUGUUGGCCUUGGGAUGGGUCGGGCCAGAAGCUUUUUCAUCGCAUACCGGAAUGACAAAAUCCAGUGGAAUGCAACGUAUUCUUUGGAGAGUUUCCUUGAAUGCCCCGCUUCGAAAUCAGCGCUCUCUGCUGGAAACUACUUCUGGCAGAAUCACCCAGAGGACAAGCUCAGUCAAGCAGAGGAACGAAAUCUCUCUGCAUACCGAUGCAUUGGCAAGAAGUUCAAGUUCCCAGAUCUAAGCCAGUAUGCUGCCAACAACCGGGGGCGAGGGGAACUGUCAGAUGGAUCUCUUCCCACUCUGACCACCAACAGCUCAAAGAUCUGGAGCGAGGAGAAGAAGCGCUUCCUGAAGCCAACCGAGAUGAUGAGUGCGCAAACCAUUCCAUGUACCAGGAUGCAGUCCAAAGCUGCUGGUGCACCCUGUGUUAAGUUCCGUGGUAUCAAGCCCAGCAAAAUUGCUGCAAUGGCAGGCAACAGCCUUAGCGUUCCAACCUAUGGAUACGUGCUGCUAGCUGCGGCAUGUGCUUUGGAGCCGCGUGUUGACUAG